AUGAAGUACUACCAACACAUCCUGGCCUUGGUGUUUGCCAUUAAUGAGAUCAAUCAGGACCCUAAGAUCUUGCCCAACAUCACUCUUGGUUUCCACAUCUAUGACAGCUAUUCUAGUGCAAACUUGAUCUACCGAGUCACUUUGGACCUUCUCUACAAAUCCCAAACAUUUGUUCCUAACUACAAGUGUGGCCUCCAAAACAAUCUCAUCGGAGUGAUUGGAGGACUUGAUUCUGAAACUUCCUCCUAUAUGGCAGAUAUCUUGGGCAUUUACAAGAUUCCACAGUCAAAGGACAUUGAAGGUUUCCAGGAAUACCUUCAGGCUAUCCACCCUUCUGAUGACAAAGGAAAUGGUUUCAUCAAAGAGUUCUGGGAGCAAAGCUUUGACUGUUUCAUUCCAUCACACAAUGUUCCGGUGCCUCCUUCCUCUCUGUGUAAUGCCAAGUGUUCUCCUGGCUACAGCAAGAAAAAGAAAGAAGGGGUGGCAUUCUGUUGCUAUGAUUGUGCUCCAUGUCCUGAAGGGAAGGUUGCAAAACUGACAGCAUUUGUGCUUGCGCUCUUCAUUAAGCAACGACACACUCCCAUCGUCAAAGCCAACAACCGGGGCCUUAGCUAUGUACUCCUCACAUCUCUGUGUCUUUGCUUCCUUAGCUCCUUGCUAUUCAUUGGAAAGCCCAAUCAUUUGACUUGCCUCCUGCGUCAAAUGGCAUUUGGUAUCAUCUUCACUAUUGCAGUGUCUUCUGUUCUGGCUAAAACCACGGUUGUGGUUGUGGCUUUUAUGGGUUCCCAGUCAAGGCACAUUUUCCGCAAAUGGAUUGGGAAAAGAUUGGCAUAUUAUGUUGUCUUGGGAUGUUCCCUUGUUCAAGUAAGUAUUUGUGCUGCUUGGUUGGCAUGGUCUCCUCCCUUCCCAGACUUCAACAAGCAUUUGAUCACAGAGGAAAUCAUUGUGGAGUGUAACGAUGGCUCCGUCACCAUGUUCUACUGCGACUUGAGCUACAUGGGCUUCCUCUCCUUCAUCACCUUCAUGGUGGCUUUCCUAGCCAGGAAGUUGCCAGACAGUUUCAAUGAAGCCAAGUUCAUCACCUUCAGCAUGUUGGUCUUCUGCAGUGUUUGGGUGUCCUUUGUCCCAACUUACCUCAGCACCAAAGGAAAAUAUAUGGUAGCUGUGGAAGUCUUUUCCAUUUUGUUCUCCAGUGCUGGGUUAUUGGGUUUCAUUUUCUCCUCCAAAUGCUACAUUAUAUUACUGAAGUCUGAUUUGAACAACAGGGAACAGCUAAUAAGAAGGAGACAGAAUUCUAACAUCUAA